ACAAUCUAUUCAAUGAAAAAAUAUAUAUUAAACUUAUUAUGUUUUAAAAAUUGAUAGACACAUAUAUAUUAUAAUAUAUACCAAUUUAGAAUUGAAAACAAAAUAUUUAUAUAAAAGUAAAUGAAAACAAAAAUCCGUGCGUUUGCGCGGAUCGAGAUCUAGUUUAAAUAUUAUUUUGAUAUAAGUUUUUCUUUAUCAUCUCUUUCAACCACAAUCAUACUAAUAUGAGGAAUAUCUAGAUUCUGGAUGUAAGAAGGAAAAAAUCCUUUUAAAUGAAUGAAUUAUAUUUAAUCUCCUACUAUCUCAUCACAGCUAGCAAAAUCAAAACUAAUUUGUUACGAAAUCUGAAAAUGUUAAUUCUAACAUCCCUAUAUAAACAAAACCUAGUAACGUGGUUACACAAACCAACAUUCAUAAUUAACAAACAAUUUCCAUCAGCUUUUAUAUCCUCAAGAAAACAUGGACAGCAAAAGAAUGGCCAUGUUGGUGGUGAUGAUGUUAGUGAUGGGGAACAUUUUGUUCGAGGCAGAGGGUAUGGCUUUUACAGAUUGUUAUAAAGGUUGUUUUGUGGUGUGUGCUGCAUCUUCUAACGGAUUUAAGAAACUGUUCUGUCCUUUCUCGUGUAUCAAGGACUGUACACAAUCUACUACACCUUCUGAGGCAAAUCUAAACGAAAUUGACCAGACUGAUUAUUUUUGUAAACUCGGAUGUGCCACUGAUCGUUGUGCUUCAUCCUCCUCGAUCCAUGAUAAGGAUCACGCAGAGAAAGUUUCAAUAUGUGUGGUUUCAUGCUCAGAUAUAUGCUCCCGCAAGAACUAAAACACAAAUUAGUUUUUUUUGGCAAAAUUAGUUUGUUAUUGUAUACUUCCAUGAAAAAUCAAUGUCUAAAUAAAAAAGAUUCGAGCCUGUUGUAUCGAUUAAAUUCUUAAAUCCAAAUGAUAACUGAUUUCUAAUUUGAUAUAUCUUGUGUUACAAGCAAGUAAAUUGACAAAAAACAAUUGAUCCGAAACAGAAGAGUCUAAAGUAAUAACGAGGAAAAAGUUUAAUAAUAGUUUUUUUUGGGUCAAAAAAAGUUUUGUAGAUUAUCCAAUGUGUUUCACGUUUCCAUCGAUCUAAUUGUGUUGCAAUAUAUAUCGCGUGAGCUCAGGAAAAAGAGUUUGACGGAUUGUGAAACAGAGGACAUGUUACACACAUUGGUGGAAGUGUAACUUGCCGUUGCAAGUUAGUUAUGAGACGAUGACAUAUUGAUUACUCAUUGGUUCCAGGAUAUUACUUUGGCGUGAAGCAAGAAAAUCUGGAAAAUUUUGACUUAUCACAAUAUUAGGAAAAUAAGAUAUUGUGUUAAGGGUAUUUAAUCUGAUUACCCUAGGGAGAUCGAGUUAGCGGUUUAGAUUGAAAAAGCUAGAGCAAGAGGUUUGUUCUUGAUAGCUUAAGAAAGACGAAUGACUUGUGAGUGCAGCUCGUUUUUCUGUUUCGUGAGAUUAAAAAUUGGUCCGUUUCUAGUCGUGUGUGACUGAGAGUAACUCAGAUUAAACAGAUCUAGGAAGAUUGUUUAACAGAUUUCUAAUGUACACGAAAGCGUUUUUGGUAUCUCGUGUUUUGUUCUUGUUACUGGUAGUCUCUGAACUUUCAUUUGGUGUCAGAGCAGAAAACCUCUGUGGUAUCAUAUACUACUAACAGGUUGAAAUCUUGCGGAUUUCAUGAACACCUUGAAGGAACUAUUCGGGAUUCAGAAACCUAUCAUGCUGGACAGUUGCAACUUCAGUCAUUGGAAGGCAAGGAUGCAACAGUAUAUCAGGGAAUUUAUGAGGAUGCAUGGACCGCAGUAGAAGAAGGUUGGUAUGUUCUUACGAUGAUGACCAAUGACAAAAUAUUAGGUUAGAUUCUGGUACUUUUAGUUCGGAUUCGGUUAUUUCGGAUCAGGUUCGGAUAUUUUAAAUUUUGAAAAAAUCAAAUUCUUCAUUACUCAAGUUUUUUCUACUCAAAAAUUCCCUAUACAUUAUCUGAGAAGUGAUUUUGCCACAUGUCCUCUCUACAAUCACAUUCACAAAACAAAUGUGACAAUGUUACUAAAAUUGAUGACAUGACUUAUAGCUAAAUAUAACAUGGACACUUAUAUUUAAUGUUGAUUUAUAUUUUUGGUAUUUUUUUAGAAUAUAGUAAUAACUCAUACAUUAAAUUUAAUGUUGAUAUUUAUUUUUGGUAAACUUUUUAGAAUAUGAUAACAAUUCAUACAUGGAGAAAUUUCAUGUUUACCACUUUCAUGGUACCAGUUUUCAUUUUUACCACAACUAAAAGGACAUUUUCAAAAGUACUUUCUUUAUUAAUUCACAAAAGAUUCUUAUACAUUUGUUCUCUAUAUAUAUAAUAAAUCAUUAUUUGAAA